UUCAAUGCCGCGCUAACUCGGUCGCUGCAUCUGCAUCUGCAUCUGCAUCACCGCCUCGCUCGUCUUGCCCUCGCAUCCACAACAUGGCCGCAGUGCACGCCAACGGCGCGAAUGGCGUGAACGGUGCCGGCGCCAUGUUUCCACCGCCACGCUACUCGGACGUGCCCAGCUCCAUCACCAUCUCGGUCGCCGACGACGAGGGCGGCCAGCUCGACGUGGAGAUCCCCCUCGACGACCAGAUCCAGGACGACCCGACCGAGCUCUGCGACAUCCUCGAGGCCGAGAAGAGCGCCACGUCCACCUGGGUUCAGGUCGCCGUCGCCUAUGCCAAGCACCGCCGCAUCGAGACGGCCAUUGACGUGCUCAAGCAGGCCACUGAUGUCUUCAGUCGCGCCCGCGCCGACGACCGCCUCAGCAUCCUCAACGGCCUCUGCUGGCUCUAUCUGCUCAAGUGCCGCGAAGCGCCGCGCGUGAGGCCUCAAAAUGCCGACCCAGACACCAAGCUCAAGGAGUUUUGGAUCCAGUCCGCUACCGGUGUACUCAACGACGCCUCCCGAAUCAGCCCCUCGCACCCCCCGCUCUUCCUGGCCCGCGGUGUCCUGUACCUGCUCAAGGCCUCUCUCCAGGGCCCGGCCACCGCCGCCGGCUCCACCGUCAGUCCAGAGCGCAUGGAAACGCUCAAGCAGGCCGCCAAGUGCUUCGAGGAUGCACUGAGAGCGUCGGGCGGAAGGAAUCUCAUGGCCAAGAUGGGCAAGGCACGCGUAAACUACUCCAUGGGCAAAUGGCAGGACGCUUUGAAGGCAUACCAAAACAUUCUCGAGAGUUCGCCAGACCUCAUUGACCCAGACCCGCGCAUCGGCAUCGGCUGCUGCUUCUGGCAGCUGGGCUACAAGGACGAAGCAGCCAACGCCUGGCACAGAUCUCUCGAGCUGAACCCCAAGUCCAAGGUCGCCUUGAUCCUGCUGGGAAUCUACAACUUUCAGCUGACUGCCAAUCUUUCCACUUCAGACCCCAAAUUCGCAGAGCUGAUCAAAAAGGCGACAGGUGAAUACAUCCAGCCCGCGCUCAAGAUAGACAACCAGUAUCCUCUGAGUUGCGCCACAGUCGGCAGCUAUCUUGUCCUCCGCAGGGACGUCAACAAGACCGAAGAUGUCGCAAGACGCGCCAUCGAGCUUACCGAUACCAAUGCCAUUGCCAGUGACGGCUGGUAUCUGCGUGCCAAGGUCGCGCACCAGCAAGACAACAUUGCAUUGGCCGCCGAGUACUACUCCAAAUCGGACCAGGCUCGUGGUGGUGAAGAGCGGGGCUUCAUACCCGCCAAGUUUGGACUCGCGCAAAUGAAUGUCAUGAUGAGCAACUACGACGGCGCAAAGUUUCGUCUCGAGAAGAUUCUCCAGCAAUCGCCCAACGUCGAAGCGCAGACGCUGCUUGGUACCUUGUACGCCGAGGAUGUCUUCACGGCGCAAAACAACAAGUCCAACGAAGACAAGUCUGCUGAGCUGAAGAAGGCGCUCAAGUACCUCGAGAGCGUGCAAAGUGCAUGGAAAGACCCCAAGAAGAAAGUUGUACCUGAUCAGUCCGUACUGCUCAAUCUUGCUCGGCUCUAUGAGACGGAACAUCCCGAAAGGAGCCUCAAGUGUCUCGAGGAGGUAGAGCAGAUGGAAAUAGAGGCCAUUCCACAAGAGGACUAUCCAGAGGGCAUAGAGCCAGGUCCCGAGCUCACAACGGCCCUCCGCGUAUUGCUCCCACCGCAGUUGCUCAACAACAUGGGUUGCUUCCACUUCCAAGCUGAGCGCUACGUACGCGCCCAGGAACUGUUCCAGGUGGCUCUCACUGCAUGCGUCAACGCUGAGAGCAGAGACGACACCAUCGACACAGACGCACUCGUCACUUCUAUCAGUUUCAACCUGGCCCGAACUUACGAGGCGGAAGGCCAGACGGAUGAGGCGAAGAAGGUGUACAACAGCCUGCUCCAAAGACAUCCCGAUUAUGUCGAUGCGCGCAUCCGCCUUACCUACAUGGCUCUAAAGGAGAACCCCCAGGACGAAGGUCCAAGAGCCGUCAAGGACCUCUUUAAAGAGAACGAGGACAAUGUUGAGGUUCGCGCCUUGUACGGGUGGUACGUCAACAAGUCGAAGAAGAGGACGCAUAACUUUGCCGCAGACGACGAACAGCGACUGUACAAGCACACUCUGCAAAAGUCCGACAAGCACGACCGCUACUCACUCAUAGGCAUGGGCAAUAUCCACUUGGCCAUUGCUCGUGAGAUGCCUCGCAGCUCUGAGCAAGACAAGGAGAAGCGCCGAAAAAGCUACGAGCGAGCCGUUGAGUUUUUUGACAAAGUCCUGCAGCUGGACCCAAAGAACGCAUAUGCCGCUCAGGGCAUCGCAAUCGCCUUGGUUGAGGACAAGAAGGACUACGCAACAGCCUUGCAAAUAUUCACAAAGGCCAAGGAGACACUCAAGGAUCACAGUGUUUUUGUCAACUUGGGUCACACAUACUGCGAGAUUAAGCAGUACGCCCGAGCAAUUGAAAACUAUGAAGCAGCUCUAUCCAAGAACCGUCACAAUGACCCAAAGAUUUUGGCCUGUCUGGGACGAGCAUGGUACCUCCGAGCAAGGCAUGAAAAGAGUGUAGCCGGCUUCCGGACUGCACUCGACUACUCUAAGCAAGCUCUUAAGGCUGCCCCGUCUGAUCUCAACUCGCAGUUCAACGUUGCCUUUGUCCAGUUCCAGAUUGCUACUAUGGUCUACUCACUUCCAGAGCAUCAGCGUACACUUGAAGAAGUCGACGACGCUGCCACCGGUCUUACAGAAGCUAUUGAGGCACUUGAGAAGCUCGCAAAAGAAGAAACACCACCUUUCCCACGUGCUGACAUCACUUCCCGUGCUAACAUGGGUCGCAAUACUAUGGUCAAGCAACUUGAGCGUGCGCGCGAGAAGCAAGCAGCAUAUGAAGGCGAGAACGCAACCAAACUCGACCAGGCCCGUCGUCUCCGCGAAGCAGAGAAGAAACGCCGGGAAGAGGAAAAGAAGCGCGCUGAAGAAGAGGCGUUGGAGAAGAAACGCAAAUAUGCUGAAGAGCAAGAGCGUCUUAUCCAGCGCGACCGUGAACUUAUGGAGAAGCGCAACGAGGAAGAACGCAGGCGCAUGGAGGAAGACGAGGACAAGGAGAUACGUAAAGCUGAGCGCAGAGCCCGCGGGCCCAAACCCAAGCGCAAGAAGAAGGAUGCAGACUCUGACACGGAUGGCUUGCCUUCGGAUGAUGACGAGCCACGCUCCCGGCGUCGCACCGAGGAUCUAUCCGACGAGGAACGGCCGCGCGAGAAGAAGAAGAGGAAGCUUGCCCGCAAGAGCGAACCCUCUGGCAAAUACAAGUCCGCAGAGUUCAUCGACGAUGAAACUGACGAAGACACGGCGCUCCCAGCAGAAGACACCCCGGCUGCUGGAAGUGACGAUGAAGGUGCGGCAGCUGCCCCACGACCACGCAAGGCCCGUGUCGUGGACGAGGAUGACGACGAGGAUGACGGCACCGCCGCUCCAAAGGCAAACGGUGAUGUCGCCAUGGACGACGACGACGAAGAUGAGUAGUAGAGCCCCCGUCUUCACCCUUGUAUCUGGGCGCGACAUGAUUUUAAUCCAUUACUUAUAUCCUGUGUGGGCGUUUUCUUUUUCUUUAGAUC